AUGCCUCAAGUCCAGACCAACUUCCUCAUCCCAUCCGACCUCGUCCUCAAGGACUCGGAGUACCGCCUUACCAAACCACGAAGCACAGUUCCGAAGGCUCCUCCACCAUCUCCUGCUGGAUCUCGGGCCUCGUCUCCGGCUAACAAUGCUAUUCGGAAUAGUUAG